UUCGAGUCCCGCGUCUGCCAGGUCCGCUCCGUGUCCCCGCCGCGGCACCGCCCGCUCGGCCCCGCUCCGCCGGGGGCUCGGCCGUCCGCGGAGAUGGGUGACAUGGAGUCCUACAAGGUGAUGCUGAAUGGGCCAGCGCCAUGGGGCUUCAGGCUGCAGGGAGGGAAGGAUUUCAGCAUGCCACUCUCCAUCUCCAGGCUGACACCAGGUGGGAAAGCGGCCCAGGCUGGUGUGGGAGUGGGCGACUGGGUGCUGUACAUCGACGGGGAGAGCACCAGCUCCAUGACACACAUUGAAGCCCAGAACAGGAUCCGUGCCUGUGGGGACAGGCUCUGCCUCACCCUGAGCAGAGCCCAGAACCACCUGGGGAAGCCACAGAAGGUGCUGAGCCUUGACAAGCAGCCCCCACAGCUGGUGGAGCCCCCCAGCACUCCUGUUUACGACCCUGUGAAGUUGCGGCUGAUAGAGGACGCUGAGGACUGGCAGCCCCGCACCGGGACCUCCCAGUCCCGCUCCUUCCACAAACUGGCCCGGCUGACGGGCACAGACGGCUUGGAGGAUCAUGAGGAUGUAUUUGUUAAAAAUCCGAGGGAUGCCCAUGGGUCUGUCUGGGGCACAGGGGAGCAGUGGCAGCCCCCACAAGUGGUGGAGCCCCCCAGCACCCCUGUGUGCGACCCUGUGAAGUUGCGGCUGAUAGAGGACGCUGAGGACUGGCAGCCCCGCACCGGGACCUCCCAGUCCCGCUCCUUCCGCAAACUGGCCCGGCUGACGGGCACAGACGGCUUGGAAGGUGGUGAGGAUGAGCUUGAUAAAAAGCCGAGGCAACCCCCACAGCCACCGGAGUCCUCCAGCACCCCGGUGUACGACCCUGGGAAGUUGCGGCUGAUAGAGGAUGCUGAGGACUGGAAGCCCAAUGCCUGGACCUCCCAGUCCCGCUCCUUCCGCAAACUGGCCAGGCUGGUGGGCGCAGACAGCAUGGAGGAUCAUGAGGAUGAGCUUGAUAAAAACCCCAGGGAUGCCCAUGGGUCUGUCUGGGGCACAGGGGAGCAGUGGCAGCCCCCGCAAGUGGUGGAGCCCCCCAGCACCCCUGUGUGCAACCCCGGGAAGUUGCGGCUGAUAGAGGACGCUGAGGACUGGCAGCCCCGCACCGGGACCUCCCAGUCCCGCUCCUUCCGCAAACUGGCCCGGCUGACAGGCACAGACGGCUUGGAGGAUCAUGAGGAUGUGUUUGUUAAAAAGCCGAGCCAGGUCUCUGUGCCAGACCCUUCCCUGGGAGCAGCAAUGAAGACCGAGCCAGGACUGGCCCCCAGGACCCCUGCUGCCACCCCUGGACCUGCCAGUCGCCCACCCUGGGCUGUGGACCCCUCGUUUGCUGAACGCUAUGCCCCGGACAAGACAAGCACGGUGGUGAGCAAGCACAGCCAGCCAGCCACACCAACCCCCAUGCAGAACCGCAGCUCCAUCGUGCAGGCAGCCCAGCAAACCCCAGAAGGGUCUGGCCGCACACCCCUCUGUUACAAGUGCAACAAGGUCAUCAGGGGACGCUACCUCGUGGCCCUGGGACAUUAUUACCACCCCGAGGAGUUCAUCUGCUGCCAGUGUAGGAAGGUGCUGGAUGAAGGUGGCUUCUUUGAGGAGAAAGGCUCCAUCUUCUGCCCCAAGUGCUAUGACACGCGCUACGCACCCAGCUGUGCCAAGUGCAAGAAGAAGAUCACUGGGGAGGUCAUGCAUGCACUGAAGAUGACCUGGCACGUGCAGUGUUUCACAUGUGCUGCCUGCAAAACUCCCAUCCGCAACCGUGCCUUCUACAUGGAGGAGGGACAGCCCUACUGUGAGAGAGACUACGAGAAGAUGUUUGGCACCAAGUGCCGUGGCUGUGACUUCAAGAUCGAUGCCGGGGACCGGUUCCUGGAGGCGCUGGGGUUCAGCUGGCACGACACGUGCUUCGUCUGUGCGAUCUGCCAGACUAACCUGGAAGGGAAGACCUUCUACUCCAAGAAGGACAAGCCACUCUGCAAGAGCCAUGCUUUCUCCCACGUGUGAGGGGCAGGAGUUCAGCUGUGCUCACGCGUGCCCCUGGCCCUGCAUGCUCCCCUCUCCCAUGCCCUGCUUCCGCCAGGGAGCCAGGCUGGGCCCUCACCCCUUUCCCUUGCUAUUGCUUCUUUCCUGGAAGCUCCUGGCCUGGCUUCAGCCAGAAGCAGUGCUGGAUCCAGAGCCCUUUAUAGCUGGAUGGCUUCUUCUGUGCCCCCCCUGACUGGCCCUAGGAGCCCUGGAAGGGGAUGCUGCAUGAGUCCGUGGCCCCCAAGCCACUCAGUGUGGUGGCUGUGCUGAGGCUGGUGUCAGGAGAGUCUUGCACAGCAGUGCUGCUCCCUUGCUUGGCUGGGGCCCAGCUGCCUGGCAAUUUGGUGCUGGGGCAGGGAUGCUUUUACUACAUUCCUGAGGAGGUGAGGACCAGCGCCCUCCCAGUAUCACCCCAACCUUCCUAGGUGCCUGCUUCGGGCUGGAGACCAAGCCCUCCUUCCCUGUGAACUGCUGUUGUGCCUUCCUACCCCAGCUGUGUGCUGGAGGGAUCUGUGCCUCAUGUCCCCCCAGCCAACUAGCCCGAUGCUUCCCUGAGGCUGGUGUGUGGCAGCUCCCCAUGCCUGGCUGUGGCACAGAACAGGGCAGAGUGCAAGGUCUCCCCCAGACAUGGUCUGGCAGCAUGUGCUGAUGGGCAGCUGGUGGGCUCCUGCAAGGCUUGGGCAUGGUUUCCUACCAAAGAUCUCUUCCACCACCAUCCUAGGCCUGUAAAUGCCUCUCCCAAACUCGCGCUCUCCGGUCGGGCUGCUGCUGAUAUAGCCACGGUGCUUUUAGUGCCUUUAAUAAACACUUCUCUGUAA